AUGAGAAUAUUGAUUUUCGGUUAGUCAAAGAGUAUAGGCUGUGGCUGUGGUAUAGGUUAGUGUUAGUCUAUGGUCGUGUUGUGUGAAUGAUACGGCCUAAUGCUAUUUCACUGAUAAAUUAAUAAUUACACGUUAAAUUAUCCUAAAAUCCUAAUAAAAAUAUACGAAUAUUUUCACCAUGAAACAAAUUUUGGGGUGUCUAUUUUCACCACGCCUUUAUAAGGUGUACCGGGAUGGGCCGAAAGACUCAAUGUACCAGCCUGUGGGAUACGAGAAAUGGGGCGAUAAGAUAAUUAUAACAGCUCAUGCGCUACUGAACAUUAGUUUAUAUACGUCGCCGUUUAUAUGCUUCUAUAUUUACAAGAGAGGUUUCUUGUCAUUCGACGAGGUCAAGUCGAUGGGCCGCCUCCUUGGUGGCCUUUCUUGUCUUAUGGUCAUUUCCUUCCUAAUCCGAGCAUAUGGAAGGUCCCUAAACCCCAAGUAUAUUCAGUUCGUGAACACAAUUACCAACACCUUGACUGAUAAACAAGCAUAUUUGACUGAGCUGAGGAAAUACGAUUUUGAUAUUAAAGGCUGGCCUGUAACUUUUAGCGUUGCUAACAAAGAGAGUAGUACAAGUGAUCCUAUUAUAAGAAUGGAUCCAAUUGAUGAAGGGUUGAAGUGGUACCAGCACCACCCCUUCCGAUGCUGCUCCAACCCUGACCUGCGAUUCUACAAGCGCAUCCCUCUACAGAUCCUGGCUUUCUCCGCUGUGCAUACCUUCGGUUUGAGGCUCAUAUACCCAGGAUCUUUGACCAUCGUCAACUCUCUGCUAUUUCUUACAGGGGCCGCACUCUUACAAGGCAGGACUACACUCGUUGAAAAUCACAAUGGGAAGCGAGCGCGAAUUGGAACAGCUGAUGGGAACACCAUUGAUACGAUGUUUGUGGAUAACCGCACUCGCUUCCUAAAGGGAAAGAUCCUGGUAAUUUGCUGCGAAGGGAACUCCGGAUUCUAUGAGAUUGGCAUCAUGACCACGCCCAUGAAGUGCGGGUAUUCAGCAUUAGGAUGGAACCACCCUGGAUUUGCUGGAAGCAGUGGCCUGCCAUACCCAUCUCAGGAGCACAACGCAAUUGACGCUGUGAUGCAGUAUGCUAUCAACGAGCUUGGUUUUCGUCCUGAGAACAUUAUACUGUUUGGCUGGAGCAUCGGAGGAUACACCGCUACCUGGGCUGCCGUCAACUAUCCUAUUGGGGGCUUGAUCCUGGAUGCGACCUUCGAUGAUCUGCUGCCUCUCGCCCAGAACCAGAUGCCGCCAUCCUGGUCGCUUCUCGUGAAGGAGGUGAUUCGCUCCUAUGUGGAUCUGAACAUCGCUGAUCUGAUCACCAAGUACAAUGGUCCUGUGAAGCUAAUUCGACGCACCGAGGACGAGAUUAUUAGCUUGCGGUUGAACAGCGAGAAGCAAGGUAUCCUGUCGACCAACCGCGGCAACGACCUGUUGAUGAAGGUGAUUGACAACAGACACCCUAAAGCAGUGGAGGAUCCACAUGUUCGUGUCGCUCUUAUUAAAUUGCUUGCCCUCAUGGACCUUCAGCGCAACAUCCUCGACAGGAACGAGAUUGAAGAAUAUGAACGAUCCCUGCUGCCUUUGAUUGGAAAGUACUUGCACGACUACAGGUCCUCACACUGCACCCCGCUGCCCGAGAGUGACUUCGUUGCGGUAAUGCAACGUCUAGAAGCCAUUAAACAAGAAUAGUGCUUUGCCUUACGAUAUAAUUAUAUCGUACCCAUCCAUGGCUUCAACGUCUACAGCAACCGACGCGCGGCACGUUCCUUGUCCGUAUUAAUCGACGUCGAAUAGACUCUAGAGCCCCUGUGAAAGUGAAGGACUCCUAUGUGAUUAUGUCUUAAGUGCGACUCAAAUUACUAGGUUUUUAAUUUCUACUCCUUACGCACGAUCGUCUUACAUCUCUUCCCGACGGUUGCUAGUGCAAUCUACGAGCUUCGUUGGUGAUAAUAUUCAAAAUUAUACUAUGUAUUUUUAUAUAUAUAUCGGUCUUUUGGAAGUCACAAUUUCUAGUGAGAUAAGUAAGUGUAAUACUUUGCUUUCAUUACGAACUGUAGGGCUAAUGCCGCGUUUACUAUUAUCGUAUAACGUAUUUAUUAUAGUUAUCUAGGAUAUUGUCAAUGACGUCCUUGAACUUAACGUAAGUAGAAGCGAUUAUGUGUGGACUGAUUUUAUCAUCGCUCUUGAUAUUCGACAAUCAUACUAUUUGUGUGAAGGACGGUCAAGUUUUGUAACGAGGUACUUUAUAGUGUCAGAUUGAGGCUCAAAUCAAAGAUAUUGUAGUUUCCAUGUAUUCCAAGACUCUUAGGGUCAUUGAAUUUCUAGUAGUUUGAAAAACAUUGCAUUGUUAUGUAAAGGCAGACACUGCCUCUUUUUAUAAUGAUAAUGAUGUUGGUCAUUAUAUUUAUGCAAUAUGGACUAUAUUCUAGCUCCCACAUUAAAUUAUAAGUACAUAUGUGUAAUAGGAUAAGUCAUCUGAUUUGAUACAUUUAUGAUUUAUUAACGUUCUCGACUUGUUGAGAACAUGAAAGAAACGUAAAUCUUAGCAUACAAUAGUCUUCUAAAAUAUGGAAUUGUUGGAUAAAGCUGAUAGGUAAUUGUAUAAUGAUUGAUGCAUUACCACUUGACUCAUAUAAUAAUUUAAUGGUAGAUUAUUAAACGUGUUCCGUGGUUUAUAAUCCUGUGGAAUCAGGAAUUGCAUAUUAAGUACUUUAUAGUGUCUGACAAGAGACAAUACAUAAGGUUGUCCAUAUUUUAAAUUGGGGUAAAUGACAAUGCCAGAUCCUGCCCCACUUAAUUUCAUCAAUGUACAAGAAAUGUAAAUAAAACAAAAUUAUGCAAUGAAAAUAAGACCCUUGGUUACUUAAUUAUUAUUCUGAUAAAGUUGCGGAUAAAAAUUAGGAAAUAAAAAGAAUUAAAAAAAACCCAAGGCCUAUUUCCUGUAUUUAUCUGGACCAUCUGCGUUUCUUAGUAUGCUUGCACAAGGAACAAAACGAGUCAAUCAAUAAAAAAACAGAUUUAUUAAUGUAAUGUGUACGGAUUUUAAUAAGAAUUUGGUUUUAAUACAUACUAUUAGUUAAUUUUGUUUUUAUAAUAUAUAUUAUAAUGAAUGCAUAUUCUAAUUAUUAUUUCGUGUUUGAACGUUAGUGAUUAAAUGUAACGAAACGUCACUGGCGUGCGUGCGUCAGUUAUGUCCAAAAAGUCAUAAUUUGACAUUCGCUCUGUUUGUUCUGUUUACAUUGUUGUUUCGUUAUGACUAUAAAUUAAAAGUAGGAUUACUAAAGGUGAUAUUGGUGAUGAAAUUCCUUCCUUUCAUAGCUAAACCCCCUAUGAUAGCAUUGUAAUAAUAUAAAGCACUUAAUUUAAUUAUUUCUACCAUUAUAACUGCAAUUAUCUAAACUUAUAUCUAACCUAAAUGUAAUAUUUUGUACUUAGAUUUAUAUAGAAACCGCAAGGUCUAAAGACUUUUAAUCAUGUUUUUAGUUAUCACUAAUAGAACAGCAAUAGAAUGUUACAUUUGGCAUGCCUGUACACUAUAUUUUUUGGUGGGGCAAAGCUCUAUAAUGAUUCUGGCAUUGUCAUUUAUAAUACCUAUCCAUGAACUAUACUUAUUAACAUAAUAUUAUCAGUACUAAAUAUGAUAAUUGAAUAAUACAUAAUAAUAAUUUAUUUACGCAUUUAAUAAUUCAAGUCAUAAAUAGUGGUAUGGUAUCAUUUGGGUUGUAGACGUUUUUGAACUUGUAUCCAAUAUCUUCAAGUAGACAUUGCUUAUACUUUAUCUUUAAAAUAUGUCUUUGCUGAUAAAUAAGUAAGUAUGUGUGUGUGUAUAUUUGUCGGUGGAAGUUUAGGUUGUAAUUAUCUUGGGAAUGGAAUAAAUAUGUUCUCAGGAGUUUCCUAUUGUAGUUGGGCGAUGGCAUAUAGAAGGUGGAAAGCAUUUCAAUGCUUGUGUACUGAGGAAGACAACGCGAGACUUGGAUCUAGUAUUUAUAUUUACAUGUGAUCUAUGUUGUACGCAUUUGGUGUUUAGACAUAACUUGUUUAUCUACACAACUUUGAUAUGUAAUUAGUGUUGUAUAACCUGGGCGUGUGGUGCGAAUGUGCGAUUCGAAAUACUUUUAUGAAGCAAGUUUGCUUUGAAUUUGUUUUGAAUUAUUAACUGUUACCAGUUACCAGUACACAUUUUCUUGUAUUAUUAAGAAAUGUGUGCACUUUGUAGAGAAAUCACUAGAAUGUUCAUAAUUAAACAAAGAGCAUUAGCAAGUGCUUAUUGCCACGAUGAUAAGAAAUGGUUGCAUACACACAGCCCACGGAAACAUAUUCUAGAUAUGUGUUUACUCAGGUACCAUAACAAUUUAAUGUAUUUACAAAUUAGUGUCAACAUUAAUUUAUUUAUUUAUUACCAUAGUUGUUUUGUAUAUCAGAUUCUAAUUGAAAUGCACAUUGAGGCAAUUUUUUCUUGCAAACGUGAAAUUAAAACAUGUGUAACCUGUUAUUGCUAUUCCCCGUAAAGAGGUCAAAAAUAUGUAAAUAACCAGGCAACAUAUUUAGGAUUUUUGGUUACAAGAAAAGAAAUAAGUGUCAUUGUGUUAGGAAAUAUCUGUAUGAUUUUAAUUUAUUCGAGAAAAGGGUUUAGUUAUUUACUGAAGGUUUAAUGGUUUCGACAUUCUUACAAGAGCAUUUAAAAGUAUUUUUCAAGGUAUUUGGAUAUUUAUUUAUGAAAUAGUAUUCAGAAUAAAAUUGAUUUUAUUGAAA